AUGAAUUAGAUCUAAAGUAUCCAAGAUCUUAAACUCAAAUAAGAGGAAUUCUUCAUCCUAUCUAACAAAAACUACAGAAGCUGCCCUAGACACCCUGAUAACUGGAUUGUUUCGUUAAGCACUAAUCCUAAUUCUAGCCAAUUCAUUCAAUGCGCUGAGUGUUUUUCUGAGAAUCCCAAUUAAUAUUCUUUGAAUUUAGUUGGACUUAUUAAGGAAAAUGAUAAAACUGUUUUUAAGAACUACCCAGUUUAUGGCGAUAAUGAGCUUUACGAGAAACUUAAGCAAAUCUUUGAGGCUGAUUGCUCUGUUGAUGGAUUAAGAACAGAUGAUGAGCUAAGCAAAGUCAUUAUGGAGCUUUAAUGA